AUGAACACAGAGGGUAGUCAGAGCCGCAUCGUGUCGGGCUGGGAGGCGCUGCCCGGGCAGCACCCGCACCAGGUGUCGUUGCGCAUGGUGAACCCGCUGGGCUCCGUGUCGCGCGCCGCUAACACAGGGGUAGGACGCGUCACCAUAGUGGUCCGCGCGGGGCUGGUUUCGCUGCUGCGGCCGGAGAUGAUAGUGGAGACGACGAGCUACUACAACCACCCCACCUUCGACAGUACCAGGCCCACCGUGGUGCAGCCGAAUGAUAUCGCGCUGCUGGAAUUGCCCAUCAAGUUGGAGUACUCCAGAAAUCUACAACCGAUCCGCAUCCAGCCAUCAGCACACGCCUUCAGGAACUAUGAAAAUCUGGUCGUCCACACGAGUGGCUUCGGUCGAACUUGGACGAACGGUAAAGUAGAAACAUUCUUGUGUGUGUGUGCCUACUCUAGGAUACUUAUCCGAACGAGCUCUGUCACAAAAAGCUUCUCUGCGCUAAUACUCGAUUUAAAAGUAAGUGAUUGUACUGCUCGCAGGUCCUACCACGGAGGAGCUGCGCUGGGUGUACCUGCGCGCCGUGUCCAACCCCACGUGCGCCGGCGUGUUCGGCUCCGGCAUCAUCACCGCCACCACCAUCUGUGCGCGCUACUUCAACGUCACUUCGCAGUCCACCUGCCAGGUGAGGGCACCGUCACAACUGUCAGCAGCGCUACAGAGGAGCUGCGCUGGGUGUACCUGCGCGCCGUGUCCAACCCCACGUGCGCCGGCGUGUUCGGCUCCGGCAUCAUCACCGCCACCACCAUCUGUGCGCGCUACUUCAACGUCACUUCGCAGUCCACCUGCCAGGGUGACAGCGGCGGCCCGCUGGUGCACGUGGACGAGCAAGGAGUGCCCGUGCUCGUCGGAGUCAGCUCCUUCGUGGCCGGCGAGCCGUUCGGCUGCCACUCGGGCCUGCCAGCCGGCUUUGCCCGCCCCGGACCUUUCCACGCCUGGUACAGGGACGUUACUGGUCUCGAUUUUGAAAAUUUAAACGAAGAGGAGGAUGAUACCACUUCUACUACAACUACCACAACAACUACUACUACUACCCCUACGACUACUACCCCUACGACUACUACCCCUACGACUACUACCCCUACGACUACUACCCCUACGACUACUACCCCUACGACUACUACCCCUACGACUACUACCCCUACGACUACUACCCCUACGACUACUACCCCUACGACUACUACCCCUACGACUACUACACCUGCGUCUACUACCCCUACUACCAGUACUCCUACCACUGUUACCCCUACUACUACUAGCUCUACUCCUACUAUCACUACCAGUGCCCCUUCUACAACUACCUAUUCUACCACAACCACAACCCCUUUCACUACCACAUAUUCAACAACUCCUCGUAUUCCUCCUACUCCUCCAACUACUCCUCCUAUUCCUUCUACUACUCCUCCCAUCACUCCAGAUGGUGACGAUGAUGAGGAUGAUGACCCUGAAGUUUCGGAACUUCUUAAAAGAUUAGACGUAAAAGUUAAAGUUCUGGUCAGCUUGAGUAAGAACGACAGAGUCCGAGUUCAAUAAAAUAACAUGUUGAUAUACCUGACGUAAAAUAAUUUAUUUCGAUACCUUUGAGACAUACGGUCAUUCUAUACAGUUUGAUUGUUAAAUAUUUAUUAAAUAAAUUAUUAUGGUUUAAAAAUUA